AGCCGCCGCCGCCCGCUGGGGCCUCAGGGGAGUUCGUUGGGCCAGACCCCCCUCAGCGCGGCGGCUCUUCCUGUCAGAGCUGGCGGGCUCGGUGCCCGCAGCGCGGCUUCCCGGAGUUACGGGUCCCUGCCCGGCCCCGCUGGCCCCGGGGCCUCUGCGAUCGGGUCCCCAGGCCUCGGGAGGAGCCCUCGGGCCGAGGUCCCGCUGCCUGCUCUGCGUGUGGCCUGCUCCUGGUAACGGGCAGGCGUACCUGAGGGCGGGGGGCAGAGCCACAGGGAAAAAUCAAAGCAUUGACAAAGGGAACAGUUCAACACCACAAAGCCACCAUCGAUCGCUGCUGUUUUCUGCAAGCGUGAUUAGUAACAGUAAAGCACACUCAGUGCUGGAAGUCUGAAAUAACAAUAGGACCACCAGGUUAGCAUCAUGCUUCUACCAAAAACCGUUGUUCUACUUUAAGAAGUUUGUUACCAGUUACGAAGUCAGAAAAAAAAAAAGACAAUCACGUAUAGUUGUUCUGUUGCAUGAAUCAACAGCCUGCUUAAACUAACUGGGAUAAACAGCAAGGACCAUCCAGAAUUAGUAUAUUUCUCCGCUUGUUUUAAAUGAAUCUUCGUGAGCCUGUCAAUGCCCAGAAAGCUUCACCUGCAGCUGGAAGAAGCAGCCUGUCCCAUUGCAAGAAUUCAGUCUAGUUCUGUUUUAAAAUAUUGGAGUCAGCACUUGCAAGACGCAUGGGAAAUCGGGAAAGGAUUACUCAUGAAUGGGAUCCAGAUGGUGAUGGUUAGUGGCUGAAGUUUCUGGGCAAAAUGCCAGGAUUAUUCAAGUUUUCAGAGGUACCCAGAGAAUACCUACAAAUACACGGCCUAUCUGCAGAGAUUUGCUGACUCGUUUUGAGGACACCCAAGAUGAGAGAGGAGACCCAAGAGAAGGGACCCAAGAAGAGCCAGCAGAGUCUUUGUGGACUUCCUUUGCUGAUGACAGAGUCAGACUGAGAAUAGAUAACUCAUGUCCGCAGACUCCCAUAACGGUUCAUCAGAUGUUCAAGGAGAGCCUAGAGAAAUAUGGAUCUCUUAAUGCUUUGGCCAGCAGAAAGAAUGGAAAGUGGGAGAAGAUAACUUUUUCAGAGUAUUAUUGCCUUUCCAGGAAAGCAGCAAAGAGCUUCUUGAAGCUUGGUCUUGAACGAUUCCACAGCGUAGCAAUCCUUGGAUUUAAUUCUCCGGAAUGGUUCAUCUCAGCUGUUGGAGCUGUUUUUGCUGGAGGAAUUGUCACAGGAAUAUAUACAACCAAUUCUCCAGAAGCCUGCCACUACAUUGCUUAUGACAGCAAAACCAACAUCAUGGUUGUGGAAAAUCGGAAACAAUUGGACAAGAUAAUGCAGAUCUGGAAUCGUUUGCCACACUUGAAAGCUGUUGUGCUGUACAAGGACUCCAUUCCAGAGAGAUGUCCAAAUCUGUAUACGAUGGAAGAGUUUCUGGACUUGGGAGAUGACAUAUCUGAUGCUACUUUGGAUGAUAUUAUUAACUCCCAAAAGCCGAAUCAAUGCUGUGUACUAAUAUACACGUCCGGAACAACUGGGAAGCCCAAAGGAGCCAUGUUGAGUCAUGACAAUAUAACUUGGACAUCAGCACAUUGCAGCAGAGCAGGAGAUAUGCAACCUGCAGAGGUCCAACAAGAGUCCAUAGUCAGUUAUCUUCCACUCAGCCACAUAGCUGCACAGAUAUAUGACCUGUGGACUGGAAUCAAAUGGGGAGAACAAGUUUACUUUGCUGAGCCAGAUGCUCUGAAGGGCAGCUUGAUCAACACACUAAAAGAAGUGCAGCCAACGUCUCACAUGGGAGUUCCCAGAGUGUGGGAGAAAAUCAUGGAGAAGUUAAAGGAUGCUUCUGCUCAAUCAGGUUUUCUGAAGAGGAAAAUGCUGUCAUGGGCUAUGUCAGUUAGCUUAGAGAGAAACCUGAACUGCUCAAGCAGCAGUGACCUAAAGCAGUUUUGGACAAGGUUAGCAGACUACUUGGUGCUUGCUAAAAUACGCAAUGCUCUGGGUUUUUCUUGCUGUCAGAAGCACUUUUGUGGUGCUGCUCCACUCAAUACAGAAACACUGUAUUUUUUCUUGGGUCUGAACAUCACCUUAUACGAGGCCUAUGGAAUGAGUGAGACCACAGGCCCACAUUGCCUGUCUGGGCCAUAUAAUUACAGGCAGCACAGCUGUGGCAAACCAGUACCUGGCUGCAGAGUGAAAUUGGUGAAUGAAGACACAGAAGGCAAUGGAGAAAUCUGUUUCUGGGGAAGGACUGUUUUCAUGGGUUAUUUAAAUAUGGAAGACAAAACAAAAGAAGUGUUUGAUGAGGAUGGGUGGCUGCAUUCUGGAGAUUUAGGAAAACUAGAUGAGGAUGGCUUUCUCUAUGUCACUGGAAGAAUUAAAGAUUUGAUUAUUACAGCGGGAGGUGAAAACGUGCCUCCGCUUCCAAUUGAAGAUGCUGUGAAAAAAGAACUUCCAAUUGUUAGUAAUGCCAUGGUGAUUGGAGACAAAAAGAAGUUUUUGUCCAUGUUGUUGACCCUAAAGAGUGUACUGGACCCAGAUACAUCAGAUCCCACUGACCUCCUCACUGAGCAAGCUAGAGAUUUCUGCCAGAAGACUGGUAGUAAAGCCACUAAAGUAUCAGAGAUAGUAGCUACAAGGGAUCAGGCGAUCUACCAGGCCAUUCAGGAGGGAAUCAACAAAGUCAACAUGAAUGCUACAAAUAGGGUUCAUUGUAUUCAAAAAUGGAUAGUUCUGCCAAGAGAUUUUUCCAUUUCUGGGGGAGAACUAGGUCCGACAAUGAAGUUAAAACGACUCACCGUGCUUGAGAAAUACAGAAAAGAAGUAGACUCCUUCUAUCAAGAGUAAGAAGUCUUUCAUCCAUGCAUUAAGGAAGAUCUGUGAGCUAAAGAAAGUAUUUCCCAAUCAUAAGCAUUAAGGAAAAUUUGUUUUUGUUAUGUAGUCUAGUUUCACUAGAAAACUGCUGUAUUAAUUUAGUUAUUCCUGAUACUCACCUGAUAGUUUGUCCUGUUCGUAUAGAAGCAUCUACAGUGCAUCCUUUUUCUGAUACAGCUUUUACUUUAUGCCCUAAAUGAACAAGAUUAAAGACACCCUCAUGUUGUGUAUGAAGUGGGGUAUAACUAAUUAAUUCCUCUAGACUGAAAUAGAAGGAAAAUCUUUAUGCAGUGAUUUACCUUUUUUUUUGUUGUUGUUCUGCAGGAGGUUGGCUGUAGCUCAUGCUUUAUUUUGGUAGAUCAGUAGUUACCAGUAGUGUUAAUCAAAACCGUUAUACUAUUCCAGUGAUAAAGAUGAUGAUUAAAAAAAAAAAAUCAAAA